AUGACCAGAAGUCGAGCUAGUAGAUCUAGACGGAAGAGGAAGAAGAGCAGGAGGUCAAAAAGUGCACGAUCACGAAGCUCCCGUAAAUCAGAUCGUUCACAGAAGUCUGAGCGUACAGGCCGAUCAGAAAAAUCGGGCCGUUCGCACAAAUCGAGUCGCUCACACAAAUCGAGUCGCUCACACAAAUCGAGUCGUUCGCACAAAUCGGGCCAUUCAAGCCGUUCCAAGAAGUCUCGCCACUCGCCGAAGUCUUCUGAACGCUCGCAUCGAUCAUCGAAGUCUGGACGUUCAGGACGUUCCCACCACAGAUCGUCGCGUUCCCGAAAGUCAUCCCGCUCUCACCGCUCUUCUCACAGAUCGAAGAAAUAA